AUGAAGUUCUUUGCUCUGUUCGCUUUCCUGCUCCUCGCUCUGGUCGCCGUGCAGGCUACCCCCGGCCGUGGAGGACCAGGUGGAGCACCAGGUGGUGGUGCUGGUGGCGCCGCCGGAGGCAGUGCCUCGGCCACUGCCAAUGCCAAUGCUCAGGCUUUGAGCUCAGGAAAUGGACCAGCUUCUGCCACGGCCAAUGCCAACGCUGCUGCCACUUCCCAGGGCGGUUCCGGCGGUAAUCGUCGCGGUUAAAUUGCUGAGAACCAACAAAGAUCGACCAGGAACAGGCAUGGAUACGAAGCUACGGCGAAAAGUGGGCCCGUCCCGUGACGGGCCUCCACUGGCAAAGCAUUAUCGAGAUAACAUUUGAAUAAAACAUAUUCU